AUGAGUACUAAAUUGUCGAAAGAAAUUUUGGAUGAACAGAUGAAACCAUCUUGGUUUAUGAAAGAGAGUGCCUCCGCUAGACCAACAAGUAACCAGUUAUCAAGAAUUAAAUGUCCAGUCGGAACUGUUCCUAUCAGAAGAACCACCAAAGAAGAUUUUAUUAGACGUAAACUUAUGCCACCACCAGAAGAUAUCAUGGUCAAUAGUUUUUUUACAGAUAGGGAAAACUCUCUUGAUUCAAAAAGAAGAAGAAUUAAACCUUUGAAAGGGUACAAGCUUGCAACUGUUUUUACUAAAGAUGAUCCAAAUAACAAAUUUGGAGGAGCCUCGAUGACAACUAAUGUAUAUAAUCCUCAUGUUGAACGUGAGCAACAUAGUGCAUGUCGAAUGAAAAUGACUAAAGGAACGAAUGUUAUACAAGUCGGUUGGAGAGUUGACCCUAUCUUGUAUGGUGACAAUUUGACUAGGUUAUUCAUACAUUUCGAGGAAUACGUUAUCGGCCCUCCUGUCGCAAUGGUGUGGGGCGUCAAAGGCUGUUACCCUGUGGCCAACUCAAAGGAGCUAAAGUUCGACACAGAGUUUUGA